UAAUAUGUUUUUAAAAGAAAUUAGUUGAGUCUAAAUAUUCAGUGAUGAAUAAAUCAAUACAGAAGGAGUGAAAUUAAUAAUAGGUAUAAAUGGUUUGAUAUCAAAUAUUGUGAUAUGUUGUUUGUUCGAUUGUGAAUUAUUUGAUGAAAUAAUUAUGAAGAAAAAGAAGAGUUCUUGAUGAGCUAAUGUCUCCUAGAAAAUAAAUAAAUAAAUUAUAAGCGGAAAGGAAGGAAGCAUAGGUGAAUUAUUUGAUAUGGAAAAUGGUGGGUAUUACGAUUUAGUUGUUUGUUGUAUCUCUGGCUCACAGACAAGGAGGGAAGGGGACAUGAUCUGUGUGUCUGACACUAAGCUAGCCCUGGCGGAUGCAUCAUAUCAUGUCCCAUUACACUUUUCAGCUUUCAGUCCGAGAGAGAGAGAGAGAGAGAGAGAGAGAGAGAGAGAGAGCGUUUGAUGCAAUUCGGCCUUCAUUAAAUCAACACUGCCCGGUUCUCGUGAAAAAGGAAUUGGCUUCAUCGAAUCUAUCCCCAUGGCAUAACCUCCCUUUUGCUGUUCCCAAACAUACUACACUCUCUCUCCCAGCUUUACCCUUUACCCUCCUUUGCUUCGACUUGUUUCUUCAGAAGCAUACUGAAUCAUCUUCUUUGAUCUACCUAACAUCACCCCUUCAGUUCCUCCUUCACCCCAUCUUCUCUUGCGUUUCUUUCUUCUCUCUCACUCUCCCACCGUAAUCAUUCCUCGGGUUUCCUUUCAUCUUUACCUAAAACUAUGGGGCUACUUGCUUCUCCAUCACUACUAGUUUUCUGGCAAUAUCUCUAAUGGGAUAUGUUUGUCCUUUUCUGGGUUUUCAGUCUCUGGGAAAUCUUCACUCUUUGUAUACUGACUGCGAUGCUUUGACCAGUGAGAAAGUUGCUGUCUUUUGGGCUCCAACCUCACUGCUUUUUCCUCAAAAACUUGUUAUUUGAAGAGGAGCUUGCUGCAUUACAAAAGAUAAGCUCAGAUAAUGGCAUUUUUAUACUUGUCAUUUUUGGUGGUUGGGAUUCUAUCAGGACCAGUUCUUGUGGAUGCUCAGCUCCAUGAUGAAGCUACAUUGUUAGCCAUUAAAAAGAAGCUGGGUGGUGUACCGGGUUGGGGUGACAACAGCACGGACUACUGCAAUUGGGAAGGCAUUCAUUGUGGCUUCAACCAUUCAUUUGUUGAAAGGCUUGAUCUUUCUAGGCGUAUGCUUAGAGGUAAUGUUACUCUAAUAUCUAAUCUUAUAGCUUUAAAACACCUCGACCUUUCUUAUAAUAACUUCAACGGGCCAAUUCCUUCAGCUUUUGGGAAUUUAUCCCAGCUUCAAUAUCUGGAUUUGUCAUUGAAUAAGUUUGAAGGUUCUAUUCCGUUGGAGUUGGCUAGUCUUAGAAACCUUAGAUCAUUGAACUUGUCAAACAACUUACUUGUAGGAGAGAUACCUCAAGAAUUCAAGGUGCUAGAAAAUUUGCAGGAAAUUCAGAUUUCUAGCAAUAGGUUGAGUGGUUCUAUCCCACAUUGGGUGGGCCAUUUGACCAAUUUGAGAGUUUUUACAGCCUAUGAGAACCAAUUAGGUGGUGAAAUUCCUGAUAAUCUAGGCUCCCUUUCUGAAAUCAAAUUGCUGAACCUUCAUUCAAACCGGCUUGAUGGGCCAAUACCAAAGAGCAUUUUUGGUAUGGGGAAGCUGGAAGUUUUGGUUCUCACCCAGAAUGGACUCUCCGGUGAUCUUCCCGAAGCAAUUGGUAACUGCAUUGGCCUCUCAAGCAUCCGUAUCGGGAAUAACAAACUUGUUGGUGUGAUUCCCAGGACAAUUGGAAAUGUUAGCAGCCUCACAUACUUUGAAGCAGAUAAUAACAAUCUCUCUGGUGAAAUCGUCUCGGAGUUUGCUCAGUGUACUAACCUUACACUCCUAAAUUUGGCCUACAAUGGAUUUACUGGAAUAAUCCCUCCGGAGAUUGGACAACUUACGAAUCUUCAAGAGCUCAUUCUUUCUGGGAACAGUCUGUUUGGUAAUAUUCCAACAUCAAUUCUCGGGUGCAAGAAUCUUAACAAGCUUGAUUUAAGCAACAAUAGAUUUAGUGGUACCAUACCCAAUGAUAUUUGCAAUAUGACAAGAUUGCAGUACUUGCUUUUGGGACAGAAUUCUAUCCAAGGGGAAAUACCUCAUGAGAUUGGCGACUGUGUGAAACUGCUUGAAUUGCAACUUUGCAGCAACUAUUUAACUGGAAGUAUCCCUCCUGAGAUUGGCCAUAUUCGCAACUUGCAGAUAGCUUUAAAUUUGAGUUUCAAUCAUCUUCAUGGUCAACUGCCACCGGAAUUAGGGAAACUAGACAAGUUGGUUUCUCUUGAUGUCUCCAGUAACCAGAUUAGUGGUGAUAUUCCACCUGAAUUUAAGGGUAUGUUGAGCUUGAUAGAAGUCAAUUUCUCAAAUAAUCUGCUUGCUGGCCCGAUACCGACAUUUGUACCAUUCCAGAAGAGUACGAACUCCAGCUUUCAAGGAAAUAAAGGGCUCUGCGGGGAGCCAUUGAAUUUCUUAUGUGCUAACUCUAUUGGUUCAGACCAGGUGAACUACCACCAUAGGGUUUCCCACAGGGUUAUACUAGCUGUUAUUGGUUCAGGUCUUGCGGUGUUUGUAUCAGUCAUAAUGGUGGUUCUGCUCUUUAUGAUGAGGGAGAGACAAGAAAAGGCAUCAAAAAGUGUAGACAUUGUAGACGAAGCAACUGACAACCAACCAAUAAUAAUAGCAGCGAAUGUGUUUGUGGAGAAUCUCAGGCAGGCAAUAGAUCUCGAUGCUGUAAUCAAAGCCACUUCAAAGGAUUCAAAUAAGAUCAACAGUGGGACUUUCAGCACCAUUUACAAGGCGGUCAUGGCUUCUGGAUUGGUUUUGUCAGUGAAGAGACUGAAAUCAAUGGACAGAACCAUAAUUCAUCAUCAAAAUAAGAUGAUAAGGGAGCUUGAAAGAUUAAGCAAGCUCAAUCAUGACAAUCUUGUACGACCUAUUGGUUUUGUCAUCUACGAAGAUAUUGCUCUUCUGUUGCAUCAAUAUCUACCCAAUGGCACACUAGCUGAACUUCUUCACGAGUCCUCAAAGCAGACAGAGUAUCAGCCUGACUGGCCCAGAAGACUAUCGAUUGCUAUUGGAGUAGCAGAAGGAUUGGCUUUCCUUCAUCAUGUGGCAAUUAUCCACCUUGAUAUCUCUUCGGGUAAUGUACUUCUCGAUGCAGACUUUAAGCCAUUGCUUGGGGAGAUAGAAAUAUCAAAGCUCUUAGAUCCAUCCAAGGGCACUGCAAGUAUUAGUGCUGUAGCCGGCUCCUUUGGCUAUAUCCCCCCAGAAUAUGCGUAUACAAUGCAAGUCACUGCACCAGGAAAUGUAUAUAGCUAUGGGGUUGUGUUGCUUGAGAUCCUCACUACCCGAAUACCAGUUGACGACGAUUUCGGUGAAGGAGUAGACUUGGUGAAAUGGGUUCAAGGAGCUCCGGUGAGAGGGGAAACCCCUGAGCAGAUACUUGAUGCAAAGCUAAGCACUGUUUCAUUUGGUUGGAGGAAAGAAAUGCUUGCAGCUUUGAAGGUGGCUUUGCUAUGCACGGACAGCACACCUGCCAAACGACCAAAGAUGAAGAAGGUAGUGGAAAUGCUGCAAGAAAUAAGGCAAAACUGAUCAACUAGCUAAGAUGUUUACAUUCUGAAAGCAUUUGGGAAGGCUUUUUUUUUUUUUUGGGGGGGUGGGUGGGUAUGAGAAUCGGGUUGAAACUGGAGAAAGUGGGAGUAAGUAUUGCUAGAUCAAAGGUGUCUGCUUUGUUUAGAUUGGAAUCUUUAGCAGUAAAAAAAAAAAAAAAAGAAGAAGAAACUUUGUAAUCUCAGUUGGAGUGAGUCCUUGUUUAUUGCUGAAUACAGAAGGAUUCCAAGUCAUAUUGCACAAAUAUGAUUUCCCAAUUUCUGUUACAUAUCAUUUUCUCCUUUAUUGCGGUUGCACUUACCUACAAUCUCUAAGCUAUAUCCCAACGCUUAGAAUUGCUUGAUUUGAAUUGGAGACCAUCAGUGUUACUUAGAACGUGGAUAUGUUGGUUUGGUUUAGUAGCAACAUUGGUUUGGUUUAGUAGCAACAUAAAUCUACCUUACAUAUUCAAUUUUUUCUAUAA